GCACGGGUCCCGGUCGCGUCCCCCCCGAUCCGAUCCCCGGGUCCCCGGGCGCGCCUCCCACGAUGCCCGCGGACGCCGCCGCGGAGGAGUACGACCACCUCCCCGGGGCGUCCGUCAGCGCGAUCGCGGAGACGGUCGGGUUCGACAAUCUCCCCGACGAGGUCGCGCGCGCGCUCGCCCCGGACGUGGAGUACCGCCUGCGCGAGGUCAUCCAGGACGCGUGCAAGUUCAUGCGCCACAGCAAGCGCGUACAGCUGUCCACGGAGGACGUGAACAGCUCGCUGAAGAUGAAGAAGGUGGAGGCGCUCUACGGAUUCCCCGCGAACGCGCCCGCCAUCGCGUUUAAAGAGGUGCCGGGGCAUCCCGAUUUCUUCACGCAGGCGAGCAAGGAGAUCGAGCUGAAGGACAUCCUCGCGAUGAAGCUCCCGCGCCCGCCGAUCGCGGUCAACGUCGUCCCGCACUGGCUCGCCGUGGACGGCGUCCAGCCCCUGAUCCCGGAGAACCCGCCGCUGGGGCCGGGGGAAAAUCUCCGACCCGAUCUCGAGGCGGAUAUCGACGUCGACGAGCGCGCGCGAGCGAUGUUCCGCGCGCCCCUCAGCAAGGAGCUCCAGCUGUACUUCGACAGAGUCACCGCGGUGAUCCGAGGCGGCGGCGCCGGGGAAGAGGCGCCGAUGUUGCGAGCCGCGCUGGCGUCUCUCGCGACGGACGCGGGCUUGCACCAGCUCAUGCCGUACCUCGUGCAAUUCGUUCAGACGGAGGUGGCCAAGUCGCUCAGGCGCCUCCCGAAGCUUCGCGCGCUCACCGCCGCGACGCUCGCGAUCGUGGCGAACCCGAACGUGCACGUCGAGCUGUACCUGCAUCAGUUCAUGCCGUCCAUCGUGACGUGCAUGGUCGCGAAGCGGCUGUGCGCGUCGCCGGACGAGAACCACUGGGCGCUGCGCGAGCAAGCGGCGGAGACGAUGAAUUUCGUGUGCGAGAAGUUUGGACGCGAGUACCCGACGAUUCAGGCGCGUUCUAUACACUGGAUCACGCGGACGUUAUCGAAGGCGCUGCUCGACGAAACGAAGCCGCUGAGCACGCACUACGGCGCCAUCGUCGGGCUGCACGCGCUCGGCCCGAGGGUCGUUCGGAUGCUUCUCGUGCCGAACAUUCGGCGGUACAUGUCGCGUUUGGAGCCGUUCUUGGAGCCGCCGACGGGGAGCGGGGGAGGCGCGGACGAGGAGAAGAAAACGCACGCGUCGAAGACGUUAAAAUAUAACGAAGCGGUCAAGGUCAAGGACGCGUUGCGAAGAGCCGUCGGCUUGUGCCUGAAGAAACUCGUCGCGGACCCGAGGCGCGAGGCGGCCAACGCGCGCGAGCCGGAGCUCCGCGCGGCGCGGCUGAAGGCGUCGCGCGCCGCGGGAGACGGCGGCGAAGGCGGAGAGACGGAGGCGGAGGACCAGCGAGCGGGCGUCGACGCGAAGAAGAGCGCGAGGGAUCUGAAGGGGAAACCCGCGUCGGAGGUGGAGGGGUUCGUCGUCGGCAAGGCGCCGAAGGGGUUGAAAGUCGAGAAAGCCGCGGACGCGGACGACGGCGACGGCGGCGACGGCGGCGAGCUCAUCGAAGAUCCGAGGGCGAUUCACGCCGAGUUGGCCGCCGCGGCGGCGUUGCUCGGCGACGACGUCGGGCCGUACGCCCCCGCGCCCGCCGUGGCCGACACGUUUUUGUGA